CUACUUGUAGAAAAACAUGACAAUGAAAUGUGAAAGUUGAAAAAAUUCUACCCCUAAGAAGAAGUAAUUGCCAUUCAUGAGCUAUGACUUUUGAAGUCAUCAAGUCUUCUAAUAGAGUUCCCUCAAAUUCAUGUUUAAAAAUUGCAAUGCACAAGCUAAACUCUCAUCUUUAUACACUCGUACCAAGUAACCUUCCAUACUAAGAAGCCAUGGGCACAACCUCUAGUGCUCUUUUGAUGUUAUUUGCUUUUCUUUUCAUUGAAAGAAUUGAGUUCUGUUUGUAGUAGUACAAAUUCAAAUGUGAGUUGCAUUGCGAGUGAGCGAGAAGCUCUUAUCGAGUUUAGGGGAUAGCUCAAAGAUGAUGCAAAUCGCUUAUCCACGUGGGUUGGAAAAGACUGUUGUCUAUGGAAAGGAGUUGGUUGUAGUAGGAAAACAGGCCAUGUCAUGAAGCCUGAUCUACGUAAUCCAAUCCCUUUUGAUUCGUACAAGGGCAAUUUUAUUCAGCAUUCUGCCAAUUUUGACAAGAACAGAUUGAGAGGCGAGAUAAGUCCUUCUUUACUCGUUUUAAAUCAUUUGAGUUAUAUAGACUUGAGCAUGAACAAUUUUUUAGAUAUGCAAUUUCCAGAAUUCUUAGGCUCCCUGAAAAGCUUGAGAUACCUUGACAUCUCUUGGUCACAAUUUUUCAGUUCAAGAAUGCAGCAUCUCAACCUUAGCAAUAACGCUUUAGUUGGUCCAAUACCAGACACUCUUGGAAGGUUGAUAUCUCUCACAGUCCUUGACCUUUCUUUUAAUGACUUUGAUAACUCAAUGUUGUAUUGUUUGAGUAACUUGAGUAGUCUUGUCCAUAUGGAUAUCAGUUCCAAUAAUUUUAACAGUUUAAUUCUUGAUGCUCUUGGAAGGUCGACCACUCUCACCUUCCUUGACCUUUCUGACAACAAUUUCCAUAAUUCAAUGUUAUUAUAUUCUUUGUGCAACCUUACCAGUCUUGUCCAUUUGGAUCUUGGUUUUAAUAGUCUUAAUGGUUCAAUUCCUUAUUGCUUUGGGAAGUUGCACUCUAUUUCAGUCCUCAAGUUGGAUUAUAAUAGUUUUCAAGGUCCAAUUCCAAGUGAGAUUGGUAAUAUGACACAACUUACAGAGCUUCACUUCACUAGAAACAAGUUCAAAGGUGAAAUACCAAACUCCAUGUGGUGGAACCUUUGCAACUUGUGCGUACUUGAUUUGUCUUGUAACAAGCUCAGUGGUCAUCUGCCAAACCACUUGGGAGAGUUCAAGAAUCUUGAGUACCUUGAUAUUUCUAAUAAUUCAUUUUAUGGUCUACUGCCAUCAUCAAUUGGAAGACUGUCAUAUUUGAGAGUGUUGAAUACUAGAAAUAAUCAAUUGAAUGGGAGCAUUCCAAAUAGUCUUGGACAACUUUCAAAACUAGAAAAACUAGAUUUAUCAAACAAUUCUUUUGUUGGCAUGGUAUUUGAACUUCAUUUUGCCAAACUCAAGAGGUUAAAUGAGUUAAACUUGUCUCUAAACUCAUUAUUAGUUCUGAAUGUGAGCUCCCAAUGUAUUCCUCCUUUUCAACUCUCAUCCAUACUAAUGGCAUCCAUCAACGUGGGACCCCAAUUUCCUCUGUGGCUUAAGACAAAAAAAAAUGUUAGAGAUUUAGUCAUGUCUAAUGCAAGCAUCUCAGAUACCAUUCCAUAUUGGUUUCAUAAUAUUUUUUCUGGUGUUCGACACUUGGAUUUAUCCAACAAUCAGAUCAGCGGAAAGGUGCCAAUAUUUCAAGAAUGUAAAUACUGUGAUUAUAUAGAGAAUCAAAGGAAGUUGAUAUUGAGUUCUAACAAAUUUAACGGCCCGAUAACAUCACGUCCUUCAGAUGCUAUGAUAUUAGAUCUUUCGCACAACUUUAUUUUAGGACCUAUUCAUAUGAGUGAUGAUAAUAAAAAACUGGGAUUUAAAAUUCUUGCUCUCUCAAAUAACCAUUUCACUAGUGGCAUUCCAAUGUCUUUAUGCAAGGCAACAAAUAUAACAAUGAUUGAUUUCUCAAAAAAUCAAUUAUCAGGAAGAAUUCCUCAAUGCUUAGGACACUUGGAUAACUUGGCAGUGCUAGAUUUGUCGAAUAACAACCUAUGUGGUCAUAUUCCAAGUUCUGUAGGUUCCCUAAGAUUUCUCAUAUCCUUACACUUACAUAAGAAUAGAUUUCAUGGGAAGCUUCCUUUAUCCUUACAAGAUUUAACAUUUCUUUACGCACUUGAUCUAGGUGGAAAUGCAUUCAUUGAUAUUAUCCCUCCUUGGAUCGGAUAUAAACUAACUCAUUUGUCAUUUCUCAAUCUUCAAUCGAAUAAUUUCUAUGGUGAUAUUCCUUCACAACUUUGUCGUCUUCAAAAUCUACAAUUGUUAAACUUGGCACAAAAUAACAUAACGGGAAAUAUCCCUCAUUUUCGCAACUUCAUUGCCAUGGCUGCACUAGAUCCUAAGUACAUGUUCGAUCCAAGAAAGCAUAAAUCAAUUAAUAAACAUUACCAAGAGAACAUGUUGGAUUCAAUGAAAGGAAGAGAACUGGAAUACACCAAGACACUCAAAUUUCUCAUCUCUAUAGACCUUUCGAACAAUGGCAAUGUUGGAGAGAUUCCAGAAGAGUUAAUGGAUCUUUUUGGGUUGUUGAACUUGAAUUUAUCUGGAAAUCAUCUGAAAGGAAGGAUCCCUAAUAAUAUUGGAAAUUUGACACAUCUGGAAUCUCUUGAUUUGUCUCGAAACAAACUUUUUGGCCCCAUUCCUCCAAGUCUGUCUAGUUUAAGCUAUCUAAAUCAUUUGAACAUGUCAUUCAAUAAUUUAUCAGGGCGAAUACCAAUGGGAAAUCAACUUCAAACUCUCGACGAUCCUUCCAUUUAUAUAGGCAACAAUGGCCUUUGUGGUGCACCACUAAACAGCUGCCUCAAUGAUAAAUCAUCUGAUGGUGAUCACAAACAUGUUGAUGAGAGUAAAGCUGCAGAUGAAACUGAUUUUUUGUGGUUCUACACUGGCAUUGGACCUGGUUUCUCGGUUGGGUUCUUGGGGGUCUGUGGCACUUUGAAUUUUAAGAAGUCUUGGAGGUAUGCAUACUUCCAGUUCAUCGAAAACAACUACAAUUGGAUAUCAAUAAGCAUAGCAAUCAAGUUCGCUCAGCCAAGGAGGAAGUUCAACAAAGACAAAUUUGGAGGAUGAAUUUAUCAACCAAUUGGGUCUUAUAUUCAGCUGGAGAAAGGAGCAUCAGAGGAAGCAGCAUUGAGAUCAUGUUAUGGAUUUUCUUGAGUUGUUGGAAAGAAACAAGUGUGAAUAAUUCUAUUGUUCUAGUAUAUAUGCUGAUGGGGUUUGAUGAUUUUGUGCCUUUUGUAAAAUAUUCUAAAGUAAGUCUUUCUUUAAAUAAAUGAUUUGUGAAUUGUCGUAUUGCCCAGGAUAUGUUAUAGACUGUGUUUUGCAUAUAUAUGUAUUCUCCUUUUAUUGGUGAAUUCUAUGAUUUUUGCCAAUUGAGGCCAUAGAUUCUAGUUUUAAUUUUGAGAAUUGAGCAAAAUGCUCCAACAAUGAUAUACAUAUAGUAAUGGUAUCACCAAGAAAAACCUUAUCAAAACAGAGAGCUAUUGUGCAACAGUCAAAUUCACAUAUAAGUUCAACUAUUCAUGUUUUUCUUCACAUUGUAGUAAUCUUUAUUUGUGUCAAAGCUUUUAAUGAUUUAGGAGAAGUAUGUAACAUCAGUAAUAUACAAGUAUGUUUCUCAACUUGCAAUCCUUGCCAAAGAUUUUGUGUGCGUGUGUGUUUUUUAUUCUCUAUCUAUUUUUGUCUAUUGAGUUUUAACCAAUUUACAAGUGUUUGUGGUUGGCUUUUUUAAUAACUUUUUGUUGAUUUUUUUUUCAUCUAUAAUGAUUUUUUUUUUUUUAAUUAAAAAGUGUUACACUCUUGAAUUCUACUCGACUAGAGAAAUUAGAAAAGAUAAAAAAAAAUUGAAAAUUUUGAAAAAAAAUCCAAAAAGGACUAAAAAA